AUGGAUGAUGCCUUGGAUGCUCUGUCCUCGUUGACUUCGAAGAAGAGGGCUACCACCUACAAAAAAGUUGCGGUUCCCAUACCAGAUGAGAAAGAUAAUACUAAUGGAAAUGAAUCAGCAUAUGGCAUGGAUAAUCCACCAGCGUUAACCGGGAACGGGUUUUUAUUUGCCAAUGCCACAUUGAACCGUGUCAAGAACAGAUUAGAAGGUAAGAAGGCGCCCGAACAGAAUCCCAAUAAUGAAAAAGAUGGGAAUGAGAAUACUUUACCGACUCAAUUGAUUGCUAAUCUUUAUGACGGUGGUGAAGAGUUGGAAGGAACUGAAAUCGAUGAGAAUAGCUACAGUGGAAAAAAUGGCGUUUCCUCAUUCACACAAACGCAAAGGAUACCUGUCAGCAUUCAACAAGACAAAGUGGUUAACGUACCUAUCCACUCAGUUAAUGAGGAGAAUCCCACGCAACUAAUCAAAGAUGAUGUUAUCAUCAAUGCAGCUUCACAAACACAAGAAACUCCAUUCACAAUGGGAAGGUCGGGCGCUACACAGCGCCUAAGUAGCGAAGGUGCAACCUCACAAACCCAGAAAACCCAACCGAUAAAACCAAAUGAGCCGCAGUCCCAAGUAAAUACGGGUGCGAGAAAUGAUUCUGGCUCUUGGUUGCCAAAAUUUGCAAAAGUUCCAAUGAUACCUAUUGGUACUAGUCCUUUAUUUCAAUCCUUUCCGGCCCGUGGACCUGCUACCCAAAUGGACUCACUACAGACCGUGCAUGAUGAAGACAAGACCCAAAUGGAUAAUAUUCCGCAGGCUACGCAUCCAGAAGACAAGACCCAGAUGGAUAAAAUGGCUCAGACACUUCAAGAUGGAGUGCCACACACCUUAAAGAUUCGGGAAAUACAAAACGAACUAGCUUCAGAAGAUUCUAAAAAGGAAAAAGCUCGAAAUGCCGAAUACAAGAAACCACAAAAGACAAUACCGACAAAAAUAGAAUUUUCUAAAGAAUCUUUUCUUGCCGAUUUUGACGACUCGUCCUCAAAUGAGGAUAAUGAGAUGAAAUUGGAAAAUGCACAUCCAAAACAAUUACAAAACGAUGAUGAACUGCAUGAGGACAAACAUUCAGAAUUAAAUAUAACUGAGGAAACAAAACUGGGAGAGAAAGGAGUUCCAUUAUUAAGCUCCUAUGCCAAUAAUUUGAAACGGGAAAUUGACUCAUCGAGAUGCAUAACAUUGGACCCCGAUAGCGACAGUGACGAUAAUGGCAAUGAUGAUAUGGAUAACAAUAAACUAAUCAAAGAUGAAAACCUUUUGCCAAUCUCUCAGUUAUCAAAGGCUACUAUAUUAAAUUUGAAGGCAAGGCUCUCUAAACAAAAUCAGAAGUUAUCUCAAAGGCCGAAUAAAAGUAAAGAUCCUAAAGUGGAUCAUAAUAAACUGUUCAAUACAUUAAGAAAAGCUAGCAGAAAACAAAUUCUAGAUCAUCAAAGAGAAGUAAUUGAAACAAAAGGUCUCAAGUUGGAAGAUAUGGUCAAGGAAAAGGAAAUUGUGGAGAACUUGCUAGAACAAGAAAUCCUCAGGAAUAAAAGAAUCAGACAAAAAGAGAAGAGAAGGGAACAAUUAGAAAACAAUGAUUUUCAGUUGAACGCCCACGAUUCCGGUUCUGACUCAGGUGCAGAAUCCUCCGGGUUUGCAUUGAGUGGCAAUGAAAUUACCGAUUAUGAAUUAUCUGGUAGUGAAGAUGAAAAAAAUAGAAAUUCUGAUAAUGAAGAAGAGGAGGAUGAUAUUAUUCCCAAACAAAAGAAAUCUCACCACGUGAAACACCUCAUUGACGAAUCAGACUCUGAAAUUGAAGUUGAAGUUAAACCAAAAAAGAAAGUUGAUGAAAGCCUACCGAAGAGAAUCGCCAUUAACCUAGGUCAUUACGGUGAUAAUAUUGAAGAGGAUGCUGACAAAUUUCAAGAAACUAACAUUCUAGAUACACAAAAGAUUGACGAGGCCACGCUAGAAAAAAAAGCAAUCGAAGAUGAAGCCAAAAACGAUGACUAUAUUAAUGAAGAGACGGAUGAAGCAAUUCGCCGUGAACUAAUUGAUAAGGAAAGGUUGCAACUGAGACGGAAAGAAAAGGAGCAAGCUGCUAAGUUAAAAGAAUUAAAGAAAAAAGGUGUCACAAACUUCUUUGAAAUGGAAGCCGAAGAAUCCGAGGAUGAAUGGCAUGGUAUUGGUGGUGCCGAUGGAGAAGGAUCUGAUGAAUAUGAUUCUGACCUAGAAAAAAUGAUUGAUGAUUAUUCCAAGAACAACUUCAAUCCCCACGAAAUUAGAGAAAUGUUGGCAGCAGAAAAUAAGGAAAUGGAUGUCAAAAUGAUAAACAAAAUUCUUUAUGACAUUAAAAAUGGGGGAUUCCGUAAUAAAAGAGCGAAGAAUAGCUUAGAGCUAGAACUAAGUGAUGAUGAAGAUGACGUAUUACAACAAUAUCGUCUCAAAAGGAGAGAAUUGAUGAGAAAAAGGAGGUUAGAAAUUGGUGAUGAUUCAAAGCUUGUUAAAAACCCAAAAUCGAAGGCAUUUUUUGAAAGUAUGGUGGAAGAUAUUAUGGAAUAUAAAAACCCCUUCAGGGCUGAAGAAGAAUAUAACCAGGACAUUACAAGUACGGCUACUGAUUUGGAUACACAGGAUAACAAUAGCAUAAAUACAGGCGACAACACGGGAAAUAAUGAACACAGACCUGUAGAUGACAAGAACAAAAAAAUUAUCAUAUCUGAGGACUUUGUACAGAAGAGCUUAUCCUUUCUGAAAAGCAAUAAUUAUGACGAAUUUGAAAUGGAUAAGGAACUAGCAAGAAUACAGCAUGGCAAUGAUGAAGCGAUUGAAGAUUUAUUUACCCUAAAGCAACAUAGUUUGAUAAAAUCAUUCGCGAAUUCUCAAGCUGAUUCGGUCACUUCAAGAACAGUAAAUACAACAAUUGAUUUAGAAAAGCGCACGAAAGAUGAAGAUGAGAAUGAAAAUGUGGAUCCAUCAUUAGUUGGGGGAUUUAAACAUCCAUCAAUAAUCAAAUCGUUUGCAUCCAGGACAGACAUUAACGAUAAGUUCAAAGAAGGUAACAAGACAGUCAAAAUUUCAAAGUCUUACAAGACAGUGGGGAGCUCAAAGGCUUCUAUUACAUAUAUGGGUAAAACAAGGAAAUUAAUAGCACCAAAAAGGAAGACUGGAGGAGAUCACCAUCACCACCACCAUCAUCAUCAUAAUAAAAAAAUGAAAACGAAAACGAAUAGACUUUUUGAAAGUGGACAAGAUAGUUUUGAUAAUUAG